AUAAUAAAGGGACUGAAGUGAUCCUGAUAAAAUCAUUUACCAUCACAAUUUUUAUUAUCCACAAAAGUGUGUGAUUUUCUGUGUUUCUCGACAUGCAUCUUCUAUUCAUCUUUUGUUUAAUAAUACAAAGAAAAAUGCUAUUGUUUUGUUUAAUGCGUCCUUAUAUAAUAUUUACUCGGCUUCUUUACAUAGCCUGGUUUGCUUUGAACCCCUUUUGUUUUACAGAUCAUUAGCUAGUUUGACAAGUGCUUUACGAUCUUGAAAGAAGAUGAUGUCUUAUGGUGAAAGGCCAAGACUGCUUGUGGUAGCUAACCGGCUUCCGGUUUCUUCAAAGAAAACAGGGGAAAACUCUUGGUCUAUGGAAAUGAGUCCUGGUGGUAAAUUUAAUCUUCUAGGUGGUGUGACAGAUCAAUAUGAUACUAAAUGGGUUGGAUGGCCUGGAUUUGAUGUGUAUAAUGAAGUUGAAAAAACUGCACUCUCUAAAUCUCUUGCUCAAAUGAAUUGUAUCCCUGUGUUCCUUAAUGAGGUUUUUGAUCAAUAUUACAAUGGUUAUAGCAACGGCAUAAUAUGGCCAAUUCUUCAUCACAUGGGACUUCCCAUAGAAUAUCAUCAUGACGCAAACAAGACGUUCCAAACACAAUAUGAUGCAUACAAGAAAGCAAAUCGAAUGUUUCUUGAUGUCGUAAUCGAGAACUAUGAAGAAGGAGAUACUAUUUGGUGCCAAGAUUAUCAUCUCAUGUUUCUUCCUCAAUACCUUAAAGAAUACGAUAACAAAAUCAAAGUUGGAUGGUUUCUCCAUUCACCAUUUCCUUCUUCAGAGGUCUACAAAACAUUGCCCUCGCGAUCAGAGCUUCUUCGUUCGGUUCUUAGAGCUGAUUUACUUGGUUUCCACACGUACGAUUUUGCAAGACAUUUCGUGAGUACAUGCACUCAAAUUCUUGGCGUUGAAGGUACACAUGAAGGGGUUGUGGAUCAAGGCAGACUCACUCGUGUAGUUGUUCUUCCCAUGGGAAUAGAUCCUGACCGGUUUAUAAGCACAUGUAAGCUUCCUGAAGUCAUACAACAAAUGAAUGAGCUUAAAGAGAAAUUUUCUGGCAAAAAGGUGAUAUUAGGUGUUGAUCGUCUUGACAUGAUCAAAGGGAUUCCACAAAAGUAUCUUGGAUUUGAGAAAUUUCUUGAAGAAAAUCCAGAUUGGCGCGAUAAAGUUGUCCUGGUGCAAAUUGCUGUGCCAACAAGAGAUGCUGUCCCUGAAUAUCAGAAGGUCAGAGACCAAGUUCAUGGACUCGUUGGACGCAUUAAUGGUCGUUUUGGUUCUAUCUCUUCUCUUCCAGUUCAUCACAUGGAUUGUUCUGUUCCCUCCAAUUACUUAUGUGCACUUUACGCGACUGCUGAUGUAAUGCUUGUAACGUCUUUGAGAGAUGGACUGAAUCUCGUUAGUCAUGAGUUUGUUGCAAGCCAAGAGAGCAAAAAGGGGGUUCUUAUUCUCAGUGAGUUUGCAGGUGCUGGACAGUCACUUGGUGCUGGAGCUCUACUUGUGAAUCCUUGGAAUGUUACAGAAGUUUCUUCUGCCAUUAAAGACGCUCUAACUAUGCCAGCUGAAGAAAGGGAAGAAAGACAUAGAGUUAAUUUUCAGUAUGUGAUAUCUAAUUCUGCUGAAAAAUGGGGAGGUGAUUUCUUGAGUGAACUCAAUGACGCUUUUGCUGAAUCCGAGAUGAAAAUUAGGAGUAUCCCACAUGAACUUCCACAACAAGAUAUGAUACAACGAUAUUUACAGUCUAACCAUAGACUGAUAAUCUUGGGUUUCUGUGGAACACUCACUGAGCCAAUGAAUAGUCAAAAUGAGGAGCUGGAUCUUAAACUAAACGAAAAGCUAAAGGGAACAUUGAAAGCAUUAUGCAAUGAUCCAAAAACAACAGUAGUUGUAUUGAGUAGAAGUGGCAGAAACAUAUUAGAUAAGGUAUUAGUGUAUUACUAAGGUCUUUCUUUUCAUAUAUUUUCUGAUCUCACUGAUUUGGUACUAAACCAGGUCUUUGGAGAGUAUAAGAUAUGGCUGGCUGCAGAAAAUGGAAUGUUCUUGAGAGAUCCUAGUGGAGAAUGGGUGACAAAUAUGCCUCAAGACAUGAAGAAUCUCGACUGGGUCCAUGGUGUAAAGAAUGUUUUUAAGUACUUCACAGAUCGAACUCCAAGAUCCUUCUUCGAAGCAAGCGAGACUUCUCUAGUAUGGAAUCACGAAUGUGCAGACGUUAAAUUUGGGAAAACACAAGCGAGAGACAUGUUACAGCACUUAUGGGCAGGACCAAUCUCUAAGGCAUCAGUUGAUGUUGUUCGAGGAAACCAUUCUGUUGAAGUCCAUGCAAUGAAUGAGACUAAGGGAGCCGCAAUUGAUCGUAUUUUGGGAGAAAUGAUGCGUAAAAUAUCAAUGACCACACCCAUUGAUUAUGUCUUUUGUAGUGGUUACUUGUUGGAGAAGGACGAAGAUAUUUACACUUUCUUCGAAUCAGAAAUCGUGCCGUCCAAGUUAUCUCAUGUAACUAGGUCGAAGUCUUCUUCAAGUAUUCACUCCCUAAAGAAGAAGCAGGUUUCACCGAAUGUUUUUGACCUCAAAAACGAGAAUUACUUCUCUGUGGCCAUCGGACAAUCUCGCUCAAAAGCUCGCUAUGUCAUUGACUCAUCUCAAGAUGUUGUGGAUUUGCUCCACAGUCUUGCAGUUGCAGAUACAACAACAAUGGCCCACCCAUUUUCUGAUAGCGAAUUACAUCAGACUCGCAAUGGAAACGCGGAUUUGAAACACUCCACAGACGGGAAGACCAACGAGGGCCAAGAGACCAAACUCUAA